UGUGUGUGUUAUUUUUGUCCGUGCUUGCCUUGUUGAUGGGCUGCCACCCUGGCUUGUCCCGGGAGGCUGCCAGCUCCGUCGGAUUGGGGAUUAACCCCGGGAUAAUGGCCUUGAUGCCCAGUUGAGUGGAAGCAAAGCUGUUUAAAAAAUAUUGGCUGCCUGACUCACUCACUCACUCCCUCACUCAGUCACUCACUCACUCUCCCCACUCUUCCUGUCGCCCCCUCUUUCUAUCUUCUGUCUCUCUGGCCUCGCUGUCUCUACCACCACUCGCUCUGUUUUCUCUACUUUGCAUUGUUCUUCAUCUCUUCCUUUAUUCGAGUCUACCUUUGCAUUUAUCUUCGUUUCUCUUCCCUCGGCUCAACUUGUUUGCUCAUGCUCAUUUCCAAACAAACCAAGUCUCUCAUCUUGCACCACUUAAUUUUUAAAACAUAUUACCAUAUCAUUUCUAAGAUUGUCUUAAUAGAUUUUUCUUGAGGCUAAGACUAACAUCAUUUAUUUCACUUUGUUUUGAAAGCUUUAAGCUAUAUAAUGCAUAAUUCAUUUAGUGCAGCCCUGCCAACAAUUUGCCCUGUCCACAGAAACUGCUUUGAUAUGAUAGUGUACUGGUGCAAGUCACUACUAGAAAACAUACAAAAAGGAAUGCGUUGCCUUUUUAGCCUAACUGAUAAAAAUGUUGUAGCUGAUACAUGAAGCUGGGAUUGAUGACAAUAUAAAUGCCAGCUCUUGGCUACUGAAUCCAAACUCGACGUUCCCUCCUCUCUCCACCGCAAAUUCAUUCACUUCUUCAAUCUCUGGCCAGUUUUUACUGCAUCCUCCCUGCUGAUUUACAACUACAGCGCCAAGAUAAAAGUGGGGAUGUGAAAAGGAGGGAUCUCAUCGCUAACAAAGAACCCUUUCAAGUAGAAACGAGAAACUGAUCAUAGAUUGGUACAUAAAGAUGUGGGUGCGUCUUAAGUUACUAUUUUCAUUGCUGCUCCUAAAAACUCUAUUUCAGAACAAAAUUACCUUUAAAGCUUCUUAUUUCACUAUAAACAGCAUAUUAUGAUCUAUUUUAGGUUGUUAAGCCAUGCGUUUGCAUACAGUUGCUUUACACAUCUACAGUACAUAUGGCAUAAGCCCAGAGUUCCCACAAAAUAAUCAGCACUGACUAGAACAAAAAUGACUGUGUGUCAAAUGUCCAUAGAGCUGAGAAAACCUAAUAAUUAAAUUCAUUUGCUUUGUUUUCUUUCAUGCUACAUUCAGUUUAUUGUCACAUGAUGACUUUGGUUAUUUUCUAAAUGAACUGCAUUUUCAGUAAUCCCUCCUGAAGCCAACGAUAAAUGCGAAUUAGUGUGCGCUAUUUUUUUAGUUUACCCGUGUGUGCCAGAGAAUUUAACGACAAUUAAAGACACAUCAGCCGGACGUAAUGCUCCGCUGGGUGCAGUACAUUAUCAUGUGCAAAAUGCACGGUCAAGACAUUUUCAACAAAUGCUCGACAAAUUACCAGACUUAGUGCAAUAAUCUGAAGUUAAACUGAGUCGAUUGCGUCCACAAAAUCUCCAGUGGAAAAUUGCAUUUAAAUAUUACAAAAUAUUGUUUAAAAUAUCGACAAAGCUUUUUGAAUGAAUAAGCGUGUUGCUGUAUAUUUCAUCACUUUUGAAUGAGAAGUGAAAAACAUAGCUAAUCUCGGUCGUAGAGUGAUGAACAUUACCUGGGAAUAGAGGCUGGUUAUUCUGGGUGUUUUCGUCUCUAUUGCUACAAAUAUGAUUAACCAAAGUUAUCUAUUAUUAUAAAAAUAUUAUUGCAGAAAAACAAUGACAUUAAAUGUUGUAGUAAAUAUUCAUCAGACACUGUUUCAGAUUGCAUAUUAUAUUGCAAUUAAUUGAAUGAGAAAUCGUCUGGCAUGUUAUUUAUGUAUUUAUUUCAUUUUCCCGCUUACAUUCAGUCGCUUUGACAUGCUCAUCCAGUCAGAGCCAUUUUUUAUCAAAUAAUGAGUUGAAUUGUUAGUUUUCUAAACCAGACGGCCACAGUCUGAACGUUAGAGUGAUUAGCUGAGAAUGGCCGUUUUGAAAGCAGCACAGUGGCCACUAAAUGAUAAUUUGCCUCUUCCUUAAUUCAAAUGCCGCUAAUAUAACUGGAAGUGCAUGAGUGUGCCUGAAUAGCGAUAGCACACACACAUGAACCAUGCAAGAAUAACAGGGAGUUAAUCAACAGACAGGUUUCACCAGGAGCUUCGAGUAUUAUUUGCUAGAAUACGUUGUGCAAUCAUGUAUUAUCACAACGUGUGAAUACGUUUUAUGCGUUGAGCAUCUUAAUCUAGUGUGAUGUCUGGAUACCUUGUAGCAUCACAGCAUGGGCCCAUUGUGGGAGCCGUGUGCGCUAAACCCAGCACAAACAAAGUGUCCGUCUUCCUUUCAUCCACAAGGACCUUGCGCUUCGUCUCCCCUCGGUCCUGCGUGGUCAAGGAGGCAGAGAAGUGGCUCGGAGGGACAGGCCGCAUUAGGAGGAACACAAGGAGGAGGAAGCCCCAUUCUCUCACUCCAUCACAUGUCUCAUCUCUUUAGCUGUCUGGCUGAGGCCUAAAGUGACUUUUCUGUGACGGGACCAGGACAAACCGAGUGUGAUGCCAUGACGACUCUGCUAAGCGUGUGAAUGCAUGUGUUUGUGUAUUUAGAGGGGAGGGACAGCCUGUGUGUAGUAUUGAGGGGAAAGGGGCUGUUGAUUGUGCGUGGAUGGGGGGGAGGGAGGGGGGUUAAGGAGGGCAGUCACUUCUGAUUUGGCCUCAGAAGGGUGACAGGGACUGGGAGCUCUACUGGCAUGCUUUACUGAAAACAAUCGUCUCUGACCACGAAUCAGCCCUCGCAGACUGUCAGCCUGUCUUCUGAUGACUUUUUCCUUGCUUUUCUGUGGUGAAAUUUCAUAAAGGCAUGAAAAGCUUUUCUUUCUCGGCUCUGUGACAUCCUGAAAGCAGGCUUUAGUUUCUGUAGCCUUGGUGAGACUGCUAAUGCUUUGAAUGAGACACAGACAUCUGUGCCUUUCUUACUUUAGUUGCCUGUCUGACAAGUUCAUUUUACUUUACUUUCCCUUCAUGCGUUGAGUGUAUAUUUGGAAAGAAAUGUGCUACAAAUCAAGGCUGUAGUCACAUAAUGGAGGGAGUGGGUUUUGGUCCGUUUGAUGGUCUAAGCUCGUGGGGUGAGAUGGAGUAGAUCUUUGAGGCAAUGAAAAGAGAGGAUGAACACUGGAGAGAGUCUUGUGGGCGUUUAUGUGCUGAACAGAGGCAGCGUGGGGACCGGCUCCUCUGGAAAACAGCUCUUUGACUGGAGGAAGCGCGACAUGACUGAAAUUAAAGGAGCCAAUUAGACAAACAAAGAGUUUAGAGGGCAGAGCACAGCGCUUUGAAUACCCCACCCACCCCCACCUGCCUAGGAACCAACCCAGUGUGUGUCCAAGUCUGUUGGAGCAACAUGGUGUUGGAUCUCUGCCUCUCUUUCUAGGAAUCCUUUGCCUCAGGUGAUGUCAUAUUACGAUACUAACCACAUGUUUAUGUUGAAAACCAAACUGAGAAACAUGACUUCCUGUGUAGCAGCACAGCAACCUACUGAUGGGUAGAGACAGGUACCUCCAGGAAACUUUAGUCUGAGCAAUAAACAAUAAAUUGUAUUUAACUAAAUGCACCUAAAUAUUUCUAAAUGAAACAGUACUUUAAGUUUGUAUCUACAGUAGCAGAUGGUUUAUUUAUCUCUUUUAUUUGUCAGUUUCCACUUCUUAAAUUAAAAGGUCAAUAGUUUUUGUUUUGGAACCACACAGAGAUUAAUAAGUUUAUUUAUUAUAGUUUGAAAAGUUGGAACCAUGGCACGUUUCCCAGUUAUGCUUAGAGUUACUAAAAGUUCACAACUGACUAAUCCGCUCAGCACAGUUCAACAAUAGUCCCUGAAACUUUUUAAAAUCUAACUCACUUAUUUUGGUGGAAAAGCCAGAACCAUUCCAGAACUAAAAACUUGACAAGACCUUAAAGCACAGAAACAAAAAGUUACACAUUUGUGUGAUAUUUUUAAGAUGUACUUGCUGAAUUAUUCAUUGUUCCAUAUCGAUACAAUGAGUUUGAAAACGCCAACAGACACAAAUGGAGAGUUGGAGGAUCCUGAACGCAGCACUCGAGCGAUGCCAGGCAUGAUUUCAGCUUCUCAUUUGAUGAAGCUGGCUCCGUUUCACUGCCUACUCUGUGCUACCAAUACAUGCUGUGCAUCUCGAAUGGGAGCUGCUGACCAACAUGUGCUGUGACCCUUUAUCUCACCGUUCACAUUGACUGUAAAAAAUGUGGAAUAGCGAGGUAUUGAGGUAUUUCUCACUGAAUAAAUGACUUCUUCUGUGUUAUGCCCCUUAGAGGGAGUCUGGCUUAUAGAUCGGACUAUACAGCUGAAUGUGCCCGUGGCCAUGAGAGAAGAACAGCAGAGAGAUGAGGAAGGGAGUUACUGUGUCUUUAAAGCCGCUCGGUUUGUUUCCAAAGGUGAGAGGUGAAGACUCAAUACCUCCAUCAGGGCAACACAGAAAGGAAACUAUCUCAAGCAGACAUUUGUAGGAGAGGUUUUGUUCAGCUACACAGAUGAACAACAGGAAGGAGGACAUGGAGAUCUCCUCUCACUACCGUCAGCUCCUCAGAGAGCUCAAUGAACAGCGGCAGCACGGCAUCCUCUGCGACGCCUGUGUCAUUGUGGACGGAAAGAUCUUCAAGGCCCAUAAGAACGUCCUCCUGGGCUCCUCACGCUACUUCAAGACUCUUUACUGCCAGGUUAAAAAAGGGGCAGAGCCUCACCACCAGACGACAGUCACUCACCUGGAUAUCGUCACGGCGACCGGCUUCAAAGCCAUCCUGGACUUCAUGUACUCAGCGCACCUGGCCCUCACCAGUAAGAACGUGAUCGAGGUCAUGUCGGCCGCCAGCUACCUGCAAAUGACGGACAUUGUCCAGGCCUGCCACAGCUUCAUCAAGGCAGCUCUGGACAUCAGCAUCCGCUCGGAGAUGGCAGACGAGCUGGCCGACUUUGAAAUGGGAGCCGUUGCUGCCGCCGGCAUAGGUGGAGGCGGCGGCGGCGGUGUUGGAGGGGUGGGUCUAGUGGGAGCAGGGGGUGUUGCAGGAGCAGGUUUAGGAGCAGGAGGAAUAGUAGGCAUGGCUUCUGAAGCUCUGGCCUCCAUCAUGUCUGGUCGUAGCACCUCCCCCUGGCUGGCACGACGCACCAGCCCGGCCAACUCUUCUGGGGACUCAGCCAUCGCCAGCUGCCACGAGGGAGGCAGCACGUAUGGCAAAGAGGACCAAGAACCCCCCAAGAGCCACGAGAGCCAGGAGGAAGCCUGCCACGACUCCCAGCCCGCCUGGCCACACGACUACAGGCCUGUCACUGUCAAAGAGGAACAGGUGUCUCCCGCCUCCUCCUCUCAUCCCCGGGACACUCCGCGGGGGGCGGCCCAAGGUCAGGGGGAGCAAGGGACUGGAGGUGGUGCCAUGGGAGGCGGGGAAGGGCACUGGCCACCGCUGUCAGGGUCAGGGCGAAGGAAGAACAGGAAGAACAAGGACACAGUGAGACACAUUACCCAGCAGGCUGAGAGGAACUGGGACAGAGAGCGGGACAGGGAGAGGGACAGAGACAGUAGGCCGGGAUCUCCUCUGCCCUCCAUGCUGGCUGUGGCUGGAUGGAACUACAAUGGACAGGACAUCCCAGGGGCGGACGUGACCGAACCCAACAGCUCCGACAGCCGCGGCGAGCGCCUCGACUUCUUCCUGAAGCAGGAGGAGGCGCUGUCGGCCGAGCCCGGCUUCAUGGGCCCCGGCGAGUCGGAGGAGGCGGGCGGCGGCGCCGGCGGAGGCGCCAUGUCGUCGGUGGCCAAUCUGAAGGCGGCGCUGAUGAGUAAGAACAGCCUGCUGUCGCUGCGGGCGGAGAUGAUGGGAGACGACAACCCGCUGCUGUACGAGUACCUGCCCAAAGGAGGACACUCCCUGUCCUGGCUCCGCUCCAACAACUACUGCAGCAUGCUCCGGCCAGGGGCCACGGGGGCCACAGCUCAUAACAAACAGGGGGCUGGCUCCUCUCCUUCUCCCUCUCCUCUCCCUCUCUCUCCUCAUCUCCCAUCUUCACCACCAUCAUCAUCGGCAUACUGCCCACCUACGCCGCUGCUCCCCUCUGACCCUCGGCCCCUGGAGGCCCCCGGUCUGCGGGCUGGGGCCCCCCCGCUGUUGGACAUGGAGGUGGAAGAGGCCCCUGAGGGCCCCGGGCCCUCCACCUGGCCCCAGGAUGGUGUAAAAGAUAAAGAAGACAUGAAAGAAUGCAGCGCAGGUGAGCCGUCUCCCGUGGAGCCGGAUCAGACGGGCGACGGGAGCGCCGGGCCCGAGGCGCCGGCGCCGGCUGAAGAGGCCGGAGCGGACGCCUGGCCCUCGCGGGGCCUCGCCUGCUCCCUGUGCCAGCGGCUGUUCAGCAGCCUGGAGCAUCUCAGGGACCACGAGUACCGCCACACGCUGUCCCUGAUGGCGCUGUCCCUGGACUGGCCGGGCCCGGCGGCCCAGCAGCACCAGCCGGGCCCGGCGGCCCAGCAGCACCAGCAGCACCAGCAGCACCAGCAGCACCUGCACCCGGCCGCGUACCGCUCCGGCGACGGGCCGCCCGCGCGCUACCUCUGCUCCCAGUGUCCGGCCAGCUUCACCCUCAAGUCCAACGCGGACCGCCACGAGAAGACCAUUCACUUCAAGAAGAAGCUGAUGCAGUGCAUGUACUGCCUGAAGCACUUCAGAGACCGCACGGACCUGCACCGGCACCUGUCGUCCGUGCACUCCAGGGAGCGCGGCCACACCUGCCCCGCCUGCGCCAAGGCCUUCAGCACCCAGAAGAACCUGGCCACGCACGUGAAGCUGUGCUGCCAGGGGGCGGGGCUUGGGCUGGGGGCGGGGCUGGGGCCCACGCUGGGAACCCACCCGGCGCUGGACCCGUCUCAGGGCGGCCUUCUGCAUCCGCUGUGGCAGCUCUCGCAGGAGAUGAGAGCAGAAAGUCGCAGCCGCGGCAUCAACGUGGACGUCUGAGGGUGGAUCUGGACCCACUCAUGCCAAAAACGAGGACACCAAGACAAACGCACACUUUUUUACAAGCUCCUAAAUAGUUUUUUAAGACGACUGCUCCCAACUCGGGCUCAGCUGCUAUGCAAACCGCUGACUGACGCCACGCUCACCAGCAGGUGGGCUUCUUUCCACCUCCGUGGUCUCGUCUGACUGUCGCCGGCCUGACUCAGCUCCGCUCCGCUCCGCUUUUGAGCAGAAAGAUCUUUAUCUUUGCGUGCACCGCUGCAUCAUGAGCACACAAACGCUCAGCCAGGCGCUGCUGCGGCUCACAGCCCACACAACCACACCACCUGCAGGAGCGUCGGAGCGCUGCAGCCCCGCAAGUCAGACUCCAGACCUGAACCAGCAGCAGGAACGGGCCUGAAAGAAAUGAAGGAACUCCAAUAAAAGUAUCUGAAGGAAACUUCCGUUGACGUGACCACCUCCGGUCAGAUGGAGGGGACAAACGAGACAAAGCCAGUAAAAACAAAAGGGCAGCGCGGUGUAGAUGGGGGUUGGGUGGUGUCAUCUUUCCUCGGCCCGUCUCCGCUGUCCCAGAGCCUCCGCGUCGUCCAGUCGCUGUCUGUGGCUGCAAAGGAACAGUGAUGGGUCCUUCACGGCUCCGACCCUUCUUAACCCCGUGACCCCUGAAGUGUGCGCUGAAGGGCGGACCCUCAUGACCCUGCUGAUGUCCCUGAGUGUGGUUCUGAGGUGGAGGGUGAGGGAUGCAGCGGUGGGAACAGUGGAGGGAUGAGGACGGAGCUGAGGACCAGGGAGCCGUCAACACGCUAACAUUCAACACUCACACGGUUCUGCCAAAAUGGCCCUCUGCGCGUGUCCAGAAGGCCGCUCCACCGCUCCACAGCUCCACAGCCCAGCUUCAUUAGCUUCCUGCUAAUAAUCUGGAGCGGCCGCAGCGCUUAAUGCAUGUAAUGUGUGCAGAUAACGUGGACCUUGUGCGUCUCUUGGGAACAACCAACCUCCCAAACGCCAAAUCCCUGCCUAGCGGAGGUCCCACUCUCAGGUAGCACACGGAGUCAGCUGAUACGGACGGAGGCCCAGGGCCCUGCUGUGGAGGCUACUACUGUGUGUAAAUACUGACAAAUGAUCAAUGCACUGUUCAGAGACGUGUACUUUUCUAAACGGAUGGAGAUCAUGCUGUAGUUUGUCUUUGCUGUAAUUAAAUUGUAAUGAAAGCGGUGAAAACAUCUCUGUCUGUCGUCUCUCUCUUUUCAAGUAGAUGCCGCGCUCUCACACACACACACACACACACACACACACACACACACACACACACACACACACACACACACACACACAAUGUUUGCAUUUUGUUGGAUGCUCAGACCUGUUGUGCGUUUUUUUUGUUUGUAUCUUUGUGCAUGUUUUUUGUUUCUCUCGUGCUGUCGAGCGUUUAAAUCAGAGCAGGAGUUGAUUUGCAGACCGAG